AUGGUUAAUUCGGUGCUAGAUGACAUAUCGCAUCGGAGAUACAACCCACUUACCAACUCGCAUGUUCUCGUCUCCCCACAUCGGACGAAAAGACCAUGGCAGGGUCAAGAAGAAGCACCAACCAAGUCUACGCUUCCGGAGUACGAUGAAAACUGUUACUUAUGCCCUGGAAACAAACGAGCGCAAGGCGACCGAAAUCCGCAGUACGAUAAGGUCUUUGUCUUCGUUAACGACUAUAGCGCUGUUAAGGAGAGCCAGGCAGGCUAUGAGACGGACGAUAAAGGUCGGUUUGAAGACUGUAUUCAUACCAUUGAUACCAUUGAUGGCUGUAGAGUGUGCAUUUUGUUGCUAAAUAAAUCAGUAGCGUCCCUAUCAACACGGUUUCUCCAAGCCCAGCCAGUCAAGGGCAGAUGCUAUGUCUUGACAUUCUCUGCCAAACACAAUCUCACACUUGCAGAUCUCUUGCCGCAGGAGAUUGUCCCUAUCAUAGAGGUUUGGACGGAUAUUUACGCACUUCAUCUGUCACCAAAAUCAUGCCUGUACAAAUCGGAUGCAAUUGCGGGGAUUUCAACCGACUCACCAGCAAGGCAAAUAUCUAGUCCAAGGGAGCAAUAUAGAUAUAUGCAAAUAUUCGAAAAUAAGGGAGCAACAAUGGGGUGUUCCAAUCCUCAUCCGCAUGGUCAAAUAUGGACAACUAGCUCCCUGCCCGAAGAACCCUCAAAGGAGCUCUCGCAGAUGUUGAAAUACUGCAAGGAGCACAAUGGCAGCCAUAUGCUCGAAGACUAUGCCUCGCUCGAGAUGGAAAAGAAGGAGCGAAUAGUGUUUGAAAAUAACACUUUUCUAGUCCUCUGUCCAUGGUGGGCUGUAUGGCCUUUUGAGACGAUGAUCAUAAGCAAACAACAUAAAAGGGCAUUGAUAGACUUGAACCAAGGAGAAAAAGAGCAUCUAGCGGAGGCAAUUGCUGAAUUAACCCGUCGAUAUGAUAAUCUCUUCAAAACCCAUUUCCCGUAUAGUAUGGGUAUUCACCAGGCUCCGCUGGACGGCACGGAAGAGGAGAUUGCCUGCUCAUACCUUCACCUUCACUUUUACCCACCGCUACUGAGGAGCGCUACCGUUAAGAAGUUCUUAGUAGGGUCAGCAUACCGGAUUCUCUGCUUGCCUGUUCUCAGCCAGGAAGGAGUUAAAGGCUAA